UAUAAAUAAAGAACGGAAGUCAUGUUACAAAUGAAACUUCAAUGAUAAUACAACCGAGUGUAAUGAUAAGCCCGUAUUAAAAUAAAACGAAUAAUCUGCUCGUCAAACUGCUACCAGAAUGAGUAUGAAACAUGAAUUUCAAGUAGACAUGACAUGUGGUGGGUGUUCAGGUGCUGUUGAGCGUGUCUUAAAAAAGAGAGACGAUGUUAAAGACAUUUCAUUUGACAUGGAUAACAAAAAAGUUUAUGUAACGUCAGAUGCCUCUGCAGAUGAUCUUCUUGCAGUUAUAAAGAAAACAGGGAAAAAGGCUUCGUAUAUUGGCACAGCUUAAUAUUGAAAGUAGCUUAACAUUCAACAUGUAAAUGCAUUGAUGAAAUUAAAUACAUAAAGAAAAUUCCUUUUACAAA